GCCGCGCCAUAUUGGCGGCCGCAGCGCUGUAUUGUCAUAAAUAGAGCCGGUUUGGUGGUGUUUUCACUACUCGGUUGAAUGCCUCGGCUGUAGAGAGUGGGAAAGUGAGCGAGCAAGCGAGCUACAAGCGAGCAAAGGGAAGUGGACAGAGGAAGGAAGAGAGGGCAAGAACAGGACCCCAGAGCGAAAGACACUCGCUGGAGAGGGACGCAGGAAGCGAUGAAAGAGAUGUCUGCAAACACUAUGCUGGACAGCCAGCGUCAACAAAAGCAUUAUGGAAUUACCUCUCCAAUUAGUUUGGCGUGUCCUAAAGAAAUUGAUCAUAUUUAUACACAGAAAUUAAUUGAUGCCAUGAAACCAUUUGGAGUAUUUGAAGAUGAGGAAGAAUUAAACCACAGGCUGGUUGUUCUUGGUAAAUUGAACAAUUUAGUAAAAGAAUGGAUUUCUGACAUCAGUGAAAGUAAGAAUCUCCCACCGUCUGUUGUAGCUACUGUUGGUGGUAAAAUUUUCACAUUUGGAUCUUACAGGCUUGGAGUACACACCAAAGGCGCUGAUAUAGACGCACUUUGUGUGGCCCCAAGACAUGUGGAGAGAUCAGAUUUUUUUCAGUCCUUUUUUGAAAAAUUGAAACAUCAGGAUGGCAUUAGAAACUUAAGAGCUGUAGAAGAUGCUUUUGUACCUGUUAUAAAAUUUGAAUUUGAUGGUAUUGAAGUAAGUGUUCAAUGUCGUGGUAUUUAUUCCAAUAUGCUGGGAUUCCUUGGUGGAGUCUCCUGGGCAAUGCUGGUUGCCAGAACUUGUCAACUGUACCCAAAUGCAGCAGCUUCAACUUUAGUUCACAAGUUUUUUUUAGUUUUUUCAAAAUGGGAAUGGCCAAACCCUGUGCUGUUGAAGCAACCAGAAGAAAGCAACUUGAAUCUGCCUGUCUGGGAUCCUCGGGUAAAUCCAUCAGAUAGGUAUCAUCUUAUGCCCAUAAUCACCCCUGCCUAUCCACAGCAGAACUCCACAUACAACGUGUCCACGUCAACUCGAACAGUGAUGGUAGAAGAGUUCAAACAAGGUCUUGCGGUUACAGAUGAAAUUCUUCAAGGGAAAUCAGAUUGGUCCAAACUAUUAGAGCCACCAAAUUUCUUUCAAAAAUACAGACAUUAUAUAGUAUUGACUGCCAGUGCAUCAACGGAAGAAAAUCACCUAGAAUGGGUUGGAUUAGUAGAAUCUAAAAUCCGUGUACUUGUUGGAAACUUGGAACGGAAUGAAUUUAUUACUCUUGCCCAUGUGAAUCCCCAGUCAUUCCCAGGAAAUAAGGAACAUCAUAAAGCCAACAAUUACGUAUCAAUGUGGUUCCUCGGGAUAAUUUUUCGGAGAGUAGAAAAUGCAGAGAGUGUUAACAUAGACUUGACAUAUGAUAUACAGUCAUUUACUGAUACAGUGUACAGGCAGGCAAACAAUAUAAAUAUGCUCAAGGAUGGAAUGAAAAUUGAAGCAACUCACGUAAAGAAAAAACAGCUUCAUCAUUACCUGCCAGCAGAGAUCCUUCAGAAGAAGAAGAAGAGUCUUUCUGAUGUAAGUCGGAGCUCAGGUGGCCUUCAGUCCAGAAGACCCUCUCUGGACAGCAAUUGUCUGGACAGCUCCAGAGACACUGACAGUGGAACACCUGUUAACUCUCCGGUGUCUACAAAUAAGCAGGCCAACCCAGACAGCCCCACAGGAGAAGCAGAGAGGAGCGGUGCUGAGCCCGCGGCUGUGCUUGUGGAGAAGCUGCCCAGUGUUCCCCCAGCUCAGGGGCUGUCGAUUCCAGUCAUCGGGGCAAAGGUUGACCCGACAGUGAAAGCUGUGUCCGCCCCAGCUGUGUGCACUAUUCCUACUGUGGUAGGACGGAACGUUAUUCCUAGAAUCACAACACCCCACAGCCCUGCCCAGGGUCAGCCACAUGUAAAUGGAAUAUCGAAUAUCAGUAAGAACAUAACACCCAAAAGAUCCCAUUCGCCGCCGACAGAUGGGACUUCUAAGAGGUUAAAAGACAUAGAAAAGUUUAUUCGACUUGAAUCAGCAUUUAAGGACUCCCGUGCUGCCGAGGAUAGGAAAAGAAAACCAAUGGAUGCAGCUGGUGGAGAAUCUAUGCCCAUUCCAACUAUUGAUACAUCACGCAAAAAGAGACUACCUAGUAAAGAACUGCCAGAUUCAUCAUCUCCAGUUCCAGCAAGCAACAUCCGUGUCAUCAAAAACUCCAUCCGACUGACCCUUAAUCGGUAAUAGCAGAGCCUCUUCACUUAGGUGAGCUGCAGUCAUACAGUGGCACAGAUGGCAGCCAGUCUCCAAAUAGAGAUAGCUGCCAUCCACACAGGGGACAGUCACAGUCACCAGCCUGAUGACCCUGCAGUGGUUUUUGAACACUCACUUGGACCUUGAGAUGCUGUAGUGUUCACUCACUGAGUGCUACGCACACUCUGAGGACUGCCUGCUAGUAACAUCACCUACAGUAUUGUGGCUUUGCAUUUUGAGGUUUUACUGCCUUAACUUCUGAUGUUUGUUUCUCUGUCGUGGGAACCAGUUCUUCGCCACUUGGACGCUGAUAAAACAGAACUGUUUUUGGUUUUGUUUUGUUUUUUUUCCUUCCUUUUUUUUUUUUUUUAUUUAAGUCUUAUGUUGUAAUCAUUGUAUAGAGCUGAAAAAGUUAAAAACAAAAAAAAAAAAACUGUCUUGUAAUUUUCUAAAUGUUUGUGUUUACUUUAGCACUGAAGCUACUUUGUGAAACCCGAGAUUAAUGAAUGUGAGAUAUCUUUUCUGCUUCCUUCAUUUGUGUAGAUAUCUAUUUUGUUGAUUUAAAUUAUUUUGUCCAGAUUGGCACAUAAAUAUUUAAACUAUUUUUUGUGCUUUUGUCCAGAUGUUGCAUAGUUACCAGGGAGGGUUAGUCCAGUGACUACACGAGAGUUGGGCACCAGAAAUGUUUUGCCUCCCAUGGAGGUCUUCAAAAUGCAUCUUUAUUAAAAAUCAAACUAUAACCAGGAUACUGAAAGUCAGUAUGUGAAUGGUGAAAUUGUUACAUAUCUUACUAUCUCAUGACAUUCUUGUUAGUUGAUUGGUAUUUUUACAGAGGAGGAGUUCAUUCCACCACCAACGAUAAGAUACCUUUAAGUAUAGCAGACUUGUAUUUUUGAAGUAUAAACUUAACUCAGCAUGAUAAUCCUUCACCAUAACUUCUUACAGUCUCCAACAGUUUCUUCAUGGAUUAGGCAUGCAGAAAUAAGCAGUGGAUUUUAUUGAAACCUCAAGGCAUUUUUGAAUGACAUUGUUACCAACCAUUAAUUGGCUCAGGACCUUUGUAGUUUUUAUUUAACUAUAUGAGUUGUCUUUUUUUACACUGCUUUUUCAGUGCAUUUCUUAAUAUUUUUUAAGUUUCAUGAAUGCAUGCUCAGUUUAUUAAAAAUCCACAACCAUGUAAUUCUUGUAAUCUGUUGACUCCGUGUUUUGUAAAUGAAGCCGUAUGUAUUUUCAGAGUAUUUUUGUAUGUACUGUAAGAUAUCAUCUUUUCAAAGAGAAACUUUAAAAACUUUACUGUCUGUCUUUAAUUUUUUUAAAAAAUAUACUUGAUAUAUUUAAAAUGGAACACAGAAGCAUAUCUAGGAAUGUUGUACAUAUCACCUUCAGCAUUCACUUGGUGCACAGUAGGUCCAGAAGCAGGCGAGUACCUUGACUAGUGCAGGGAAAUAAGCUGGCUGUGUGUUCAUAGGACACAUGGGAAGCCAUAUAGUCAAUGCGGAAAUAGCAACCCAUUUUCACUUACUUUAAAUUCUUAAGUUUAGACUGGAAGACUGCUGUAUACUACUCCCUCGCCCAUACUGAUCCAUAGCUUCUGAAAGGCAGGUUCUAGUGUUUAAUGUAUAUAAAGGAAAAAUGAAAAAAAAAAUUGCUAAAAGUAAAGAGCAAGGGUUGCAAAAAGGAUUGUUCUGCUAUUCACAUUCUGUAUCAGAGGGACAGGAGGAGUUGUGGCUUCCUUGGCAAAGCCAUUUUCAGAGUUUAACCUUUUCAUGGAUUUACAUGUUUGGGAUUUGUUUGUCAAAUACUCUUGAGAGCAGAAAUGAAUGCUUCUGAGUGGAUUGUCAUGUGACCUUGAACCUAGAAACAUGAUAUGAUGGGGGAAUCUAGUUAAAUCUUGGGUCCUAGAAAGAGCAAGCCUAGCCCUGGAACUAUAGUAGCUUUUUUCUUAGGCUAAGGGUCUAUUCAGCAUGGUCAAUGGUUCAGUACCAGAAUCUAAAAAAGGACUUCAUCAGCUAGUCUGGCAUCUGAGGAAUUAAGUAGAUGGGUUUUGAUAUGGCAGAUUUAUUCAAAAGUUAAAGUGCAUCCUGUCCUGACCCAUAGGGGAGACUUUCCAUGCAUUUUAUUGCCAUUGUAGGGGAAGUCCGUUGGACUGUUCCAAGUAAGUAAAAAGAAAGGUACGGGAUUCAAUAUUGUUCACUGUCUGUUUUCAAGUGUGUAACUAUAGCUAGAAAUAUAUUCUAUAGCCUGCAGCCUUUAGACAAAUGUUCACUUUGCUAAGGUACUGGAUUUUAACCUGCUCAUUUUUCAGUGACCAGCUCUGGAGACUCACAAAGCAAAACAUACCUGGGAGCUUUAGCUUUGAGAAUUAACCAUCUGAGGUGAAAAGUACUUGUUUCAACAUCUUGUAAAACUGGGGAUAAGAGUAAAUUUUUAAAGUUUAUUGAUGCUUAAAUAAGACUAGUUUUGUCUGAAGACAGGCAUUUGGUAGUGUUUAUAAAAUGCUUACUAAUUAGCAAUGAAGUGACAAUGGACAAUGUCCAAUGGGCCAGCAUCCCCCAAGAUCUCACUUUGUAAUCCCAGCUGGCCUGAAACUCACUGCACAGAUGAUGCUGGCGCUCACCUUCGGGUCAUCCUCCCUCCUCAGCACUGCAACGGGCUUGUCUCUUGGCUUUAAGAUAGGAAUUUCUAGCUUGAGGGCCACGAGUACCUGAGAACCCUUUGGAAUUAUGUAUAAGAUGGAUUUUGUGCAUCUUUCCAGUCAAGGGAAGUUAGCUUUUAUUGGUUUCUCAGAGUAGCUUGUGCCCUCAAAAAGGAGGCUGGGGGUGGGAACCACCAGGAUUGAACAAUCAUAGAACAUUUAUAAUUUGCUCCAUUUGAUUUUGCUCCAUGGAUAUGGAUUAACAAUGUGCAUUAAAAGGGCCUCAGAAAUGCUUUAUUUCUUAGGCGCUUUAUAUACUUUGGUUGACACUUAAUAUAGUUGGUAUUUAGAAAAGUACUUACCAUCAACUUUCCCAUGUUAACUUAGAUUCAUUAUCAAUGUCACACAGUAGCUUAGAAUGAUCCUUAAAGAUGAUAGAAAAAUAAAGAUAAAAAUUUCAGGCCAGAACACACUAAACAUACCAAUAAAUAUAAAUGCUUUAGUUUUUUUACCUAUAUAUUUUGUAUGAACAAAUUUAUGUAUAAAUUAAUAACUACUUAAUAAAUCAUACAAAGCUUAGAAUUUGUGCAAAUGAUAGAAGGAAAUCGGUCUCAGUAAUGACAACUAUUUCCUUAGGAUUUUCUAAGGGAAUUAUAUAAGGUUCUAUCCUUUCCAAGUUUUCUAGUUUGGAAAUAAUCUAAUAAUUUUGUAUUUGAAGUCAAUUGAACACAAGAUUAUCAAAUUUAUAAAGACUUAUUUUUAGUUAUGUAAGUGUGGAUGUGUAAUGUGCAUGCGAGUGCAGUUCCAACAGAGCCCAGAAGAGGGCACCCUGAAGAACCCUUGGGGCGGAAGUAAAAGGCUGUGGUGAGCUGCCCAACCUGGGUGCUGGGAACCAAACUUAAGCCCUCAGGAAGAGCAGCAAGAACUCUUCACUGCUGAGCCAUCUCUCCAGCCUCCAAAUUUGCUACAAUUUUAAACUACCACUGAAUUUUUGAAAAGACCCAUAUAGAAUAUCUUUGAUGGAAGUGGUGCUACAUCAGGCCACAGUGCUCUGUAAAAUGUCUGCAGCUGUUGUCCUUCCUUCUCUACAUCGCUAUGUGGUACAUGUUAGUUUUGACUUGUUUUAUAAUUGUACACACGAGCUUCGUUUG